GGAGAUGAUAAAUGGACGUGGCUAGCAGACUACACAAACGUUAAAUUCUACUCUAAUCUAUUUAAAAAUGACGAAUAACUCGUCAAAUGAACACGCAGGAUACCUGCAAAAAUGGACAAAUUACAUCAAAGGUUAUCAGAAAAGAUGGUUUGUUCUUAAAAAUGGCUUACUCUCAUAUUAUAGGAGCCCAGACGAAGUUGACCAGUCUUGUAGAGGUAAAAUUAACUUGAAAACGGCAGAAAUUCGAACAGAUCAAGUGCCACUCAACUUUGCUGUAUCAGGAGUUCUAACGUUUCAUUUAAGAGCUUUGUCGGAAGUUGAGAGGCAAAGAUGGGUAACUAAAUUAGAAUUGGAGAAAAGGAAUGCUAUAACUCUUGAGGACUCCGAAGAUGAGGAUUUAGAAAUUAGUUCUAACAACAAAACAGAUAUGGAAGGAAUUUUCAAUAUCGUAAAGACUUUAGAGCAAAAGAUGUCCGACCUAGACACUCGGGAAAAAGUAACAAAAAAGCAUGUAACAUCUCUGCUAAGUUAUAUACACGAAAUUGAAAAAGACUUAGAAAAUAAGGACCAAGUUACAAUUCUCUGCAAGGAAAUAAACAAUUCAUCAACGAUUUUGAACGUUUCAUUAGCUGCUGUAAUAAAAACUUGUAAUGAGCUCAUAGACAAUACCAAAGCUCAUGAUAAAAGAUGGGAAAAGUUAUUUAAUUCAGAGCAGGAAAAACGUCAGACAUUGGAGGUGAUGCUAGAACAGCUCGCUCAACAACACAGAGAAAUGGAAAAAAAUACUUUUAGGGUUUUGAAUGACUCUAACAGUUCACGUCAGAAAAAUAAAAAGGAUCCAAAUGCAUCGGACUCGGAAGAUUCGGAUAAUGAAUUUAUGGAUGCACUGGAGGAGCCACAAUGGCCAGAUGUAGUUGAAAAGAGUAAAAGUUCCGACUCUACUGUAAAACAGCAUGUUAGAAAUGGAAGCACUGAUUCCGAAGGCUGGAUGAAGAGAAGCAUAUCUCAAGUAAAUAAGUCAUCAAGAAUUCGUCGAUCAAGAAUCCCAGAUAGACCAAAUUACAGUCUUAAUUUAUGGAGCAUUAUGAAAAACUGUAUAGGAAAAGAACUUACAAAAAUUCCAAUGCCUGUUAACUUUAGCGAGCCGCUGUCUUUCCUCCAACGUCUUACUGAGGAUUUCGAAUAUUAUGAUUUAUUAGAUCAUGCUGCUAACUGCAAUGACAGCUGUGAACAAAUGGCCUACGUAGCUGCCUUCACUAUAUCUUCUUACGCUAAUACGUCAGGACAUAGAACGGGUAAACCAUUCAACCCCCUCCUCGGAGAAACUUUUGAAGCAGAUAGAAGAGAAGAUUAUGGAUGGCUUUCGAUUGCAGAACAAGUUUCACAUCAUCCUCCAAAGUGUGCCCAAUACGUAGAGGGCAGAGGAUGGCGCUUUUGGCAAGAAUUUACAAUGUCAUCCAAAUUUAGGGGGAAAUAUUUACAGAUUAUACCCCUUGGAAUAGCCCAUUUGGAAUUUCCUGAAACCAAGAACCAUUAUACUUGGCGGAAAGUUACUACGACAGUUCACAACAUUAUAGUUGGUCGAUUAUGGGUGGAUAAUCACGGAGAAAUGGAUAUAAAAAAUCAUACAACAGGGGAUUUAUGCCAUUUAAAAUAUUCUGCUUAUUCUUACUUCUCCAGGGAACCUCCUCGAAAAGUAACUGGUGUUAUCAACGAUGUUGCUGGCGAGACAAAAUUUGUCUUACGUGGACUGUGGGAUGAUUAUAUUGAAGGAGCUAAGGUUCUGAAUACCACGCAAAAUCGAGAAAAAACUGUUUUCGAAACUGGCAAGCAUAGAGUUUUAUGGAGACGACAAUUAUACCCAGAAUUGGAAAAAUGCUAUAAUAUGACAAAACUGGCCAUUGAAUUUAAUGAAAUGGAGGAGAAUAUAGCUCCAACAGAUUCAAGAUAUCGUCAAGAUCAGCGAGCUAUGGAAAAUGCAGACUGGGAUAAAGCAAACCAAAUAAAAGUAAAACUGGAGGAAAAGCAAAGGGCAGCUAGAAGACAGAGAGAAGCUGCUGCAGCUGCAGCCCUUGCUGCAGGUAAAGAACCAGAACAAUGGAAGCCUCGCUGGUUUAAGCAACAAAAUGAUCCAUACUCGGGUGGGGAUAUUUUCAUGUUUACAAAUGAAUAUUGGGACUGCAAAGAAAAAAAGGAUUGGUCAAGAUGUCCAGAUAUCUACUUAUCAGAAAAGGAAAUGCAGAUGUAG